CUUCGCGCAACUAAUCUUGUUCAUCGUCUGAGGUUGAGUAGUCACUUCACUCUUUUCCCCGACGGUUGUCAUUCUUCAGCUCAAUUCCGUCCACGUUUUUGGGUUUCUGUGUGUUGGUUGUUGAAGAUAAAAAGGAGCUUCUUUGAUCGUAAAACGCAUUCUUAGAGGAAACGUGUCUGGGCCACCUGCUAGGAUGGAUAGCAGUUCUGAAGAAGAGUCAGAGAUCAGUGAGUCUGAGAUAGAUGUCUAUUCUGAUAAACCUUACGAGCUAAUAAAAAAUGGGCAUUACAAGGUUAAGGUGAAGGACACAUUCAGGUGCCCCUUCUGCUCAGGGAAGAAGAAGCAGCAUUACAAGUAUAAGGAGCUACUUGCUCAUGCGUCUGGUGUUGCCAAAGGAUCUGCAAGUAGAAGUGCUAAGCAGAAAGCAAAUCACUUCGCCUUGGCAAAAUACAUGCAGAACGAGCUUGCUGCUGAUGCUGAUGUCCCACGCCCACAAAUUCCCUCGUCCUCAUCAAAGCAAGGUCAAGCAGUUGUGGAUGACAUUUAUGUCUGGCCUUGGAUGGGGAUUGUCAUCAACCCGGUUAGAAGAACUGAUAACAACAAAUUGCUCCUUGAUUCAGCCUAUUGGUUGAAGAAGCUCGCCAGAUUCAAUCCUCUUGAAGUGAAAACCCUUUGGCUUGAGCAGGAAUCCGUAGUUGCUGUCUUUCCUCUGUUUAGCAGAGGUAUGAGUGGAUUUAAGAGUGCGACAGAGCUUGAGAAGGAAUAUGAGAUUAGGGGCUGCGGCAAAAAGAACUGGCGUGAUAAAAAAGGAGACUGGACGUCUAAGGCCUACGGUUGGUGCGCACGUGCCGAUGACUACAAUUCUCAAGGGUCGAUAGCAGAGUACCUGUCCAAAGUAGGAAAACUGAAAAGCUUCUCUGAUAUCUGCAAGGAGGAAAUUCACAAUAAGAAUAGUUUGGUGGAUGAUCUGGCGAAUAAAAUUGAUAUGACAAAUGAGUAUCUGAACAAGGUCCAGUACAAGUGCAAUGAGAAAGCGAUCUCUCUGCGCAGGGUUCUAAAAGAGAAAGACGAGCUGGACCGAGUUUAUAAAGAAGAAACAAAAAGAAUGCAGGAGUUUUCACGGGACAAUAUCAACAGGAUCUUUAGAGAAAAAGAGAGGCUGAGCAAUGAACUGGAAGCUAAGAUGAAUGCUCUGAAGAUUUGGUCCAAACAAUUGGACAAGAAGCAAGCACUAACUGAACUGGAGAGACAAAAGCUUGAUGAAGACAAGAAGAAGAGCGAUGUCAUGAACUCCUCCCUCCAGCUGGCUUCACAGGAACAGAAAAAGACAGAUGAUCGUGUCUUGACACUUGUGGAAGAACACAAGAGGAAAAAAGAAGAGACUUUAAACAAGAUCCUUCAGCUUGAGAAGGAGUUAGAUGGCAAGCAGAAACUUCAAAUGGAGAUUCAGGAGCUGAAAGGAAAGCUGCAAGUCAUGAAGCAUGAGGAUGAAGAUGACGAGGAUGUGAAGCAGAAAAUGAAGGAGAUGAAGGAACAACUAGAAGAUAAGUGUUCUGAGUUAGAAGAUCUAGAGGAAACUAACUCAGCUCUCAUGAUUAAAGAACGCCAAAGCAAUGAUGAGAUACAAGAAGCCCGUGCAUUAUUGACUACGGAAUUGAGAGAACUGUUGAGUGAGCGAACCACCAUCAGAGUAAAGAGGGUGGGGGAACUUAAUGAAAAGCCUUUCAUGAAAGCAUGCAAGCAGAGAUUCACAGGCGAAGAAGCUGCAGUGCAGUAUGCCAUACUUUGCUCGAAAUGGCAGGAAAACCUCAAGGAUUCAGCGUGGCAACCAUUCAAACAUGUGGGGACUGGAGACAAAAUGAAGGAAGUGGUGGAUGAAGAAGAUGAGCAAAUCAAGAAUCUGAGAGAAGAGUUGGGAGAAGAAGUGAAGAAUGCAGUGAAGAUAGCACUUGAGGAGCUGAAUGAGUUUAAUCCUAGUGGCCGCUACUCAGUCCCAGUACUGUGGAAUUCCAAGCAAGGAAGAAAAGCUUCACUGAAAGAAGUGAUUGAUUACAUGACGCAGCAGCUCAAAAUUCUCAGAAAACGUAAACGAGCAGCCUAAACUUAAUAGGAAACAGAAUAUAUGCAGGAGGGAAAAAAAAAAGAGAGAGAGA